ACGGACAUGAUGGCGGAGUUCCUGCGCGCGAGCGGCGGCGCGGUGGUGAUGGACGGCGGCCUGGCGACAGAGCUGGAGGCCCACGGGGCCGACCUCAAGGACACACUCUGGAGCGCCAAGUGCCUAUUCACCUGCCCCCACCUCAUCAAGAAGGUUCAUUUAGAGUAUCUUGAAGCUGGGGCGAGCGUUUUGAUGACAGGAUCAUACCAGGCAACGAUUCAGGGCUAUCUUUCUCGGGGAUUUUCCCAGGACGAAAGUGAAUCAUUUCUGAAACUAAGUGUUGAACUAGCAUGUGAAGCACGGGAUACAUAUCUAGGAAAAUGUUCUAAUGGUUCUGAUGAGCCCAAAGAUGGAGCAACACUUAGGCAGCGCCCUAUACUAAUUGCAGCAUCCAUUGGAAGUUAUGGAGCAUAUCUGGCUGAUGGUUCUGAGUAUAGUGGCGACUACGGAAAGGAGGGUAAUUUGGAAUAUCUGAAAAACUUUCAUAGGAGGAGGCUUCAAGUGCUUGCUGAAGCAGGGCCUGAUAUUCUUGUUUUCGAAACUAUUCCAAAUAAAAUUGAGACACAGGCGUAUGUUGAGUUACUAGAAGAGUGUAAUUUACAUAUUCCAGCAUGGUUUGCUUUCCCUUCAAAGGAUGGAAUUAAUGUAGUAAGUGGUGAUUCCCUCACGGAGUGUGUUUCUAUUGCUAAUUCAUGCAAGGAGGUUGGUGCAGUUGGUAUCAAUUGCACUCCGCCCAGAUUUAUUCAUGCAUUAGUCUUAUCCAUCCGAAAGGUUACAAACAAACCAAUAUUGAUAUAUCCUAAUAGUGGUGAGAGCUAUGAUCCUGUAAGGAAGGAAUGGGUGGCUUGCUCAGGUGUUUCAAACGAAGAUUUCGUUUCAUACGUGAGAAAAUGGCACGAGGCUGGAGCCUCCCUUAUAGGGGGUUGCUGUAGAACAAGCCCAGACACGAUAAGAGGCAUAUCAAAGGCUCUGCAUGGACUAUGAUCAAAGGAGACUGCUAGAUUCGACAAUAGUUUUCGGCGCAGUUGCUAACACACUUGAUCUUUCUACUUCUGUCAACUUCUUUAUGUGCCAUGCUUUUUUGAUCUCGAAGAGCUGCUGAAAACAAUGAAAAACUGAUGUCAUGUUCCUCUAUCAUUAGCUUGACGCAAUUUUCUUGUACUGAUGUGAUGAUACAAGGCUAACUGGCGAGAUAGACUACUUUGUUUGCGACUUUCUGUGCUUUAC